AUGUCUACUGUCGAACACGCUCGCUACCGGCCGACGACGCCGCCGCGUCUCUCACUUGAGGAAUACCUCAGCUGUGGACAUGCUCGUCAUCCCUCCAAUUCCUCUGUUUAUUCAAGCGAGUCAUCUCCUUGGUCAACUGUGACUGGCAAUACUAGCCCUACCUCAUCACCAACCAGAUAUUAUCAUGGCCCAAAGAUAUUGCCUAAGAUUAGGCCUCAAGAUGUGGUGGUUGAGCCAAUGUCUGCCGGCGGGCCUCUCCGUCACCGCAGGGUUCUGUCCAAUACACGGAAUCCGCCUGGCUUCAUCCCUUACCCACCACCACGGCCGUCGACUGGCCGUCAUACACGCGGUGUCGUGGACCACCUAACAUUGUCCAUGCCUAUCUCGCCAUUGCCAAUGGCUGUACAGGGCAGCGUCUCUGCCUUGUCAUCGCCUGUAACGCUCACGCCUUCAUAUAAGCGCAAGGCAGGCGGCGGCCACGCACGUUCAGUGUCAGCAUCUAUCAUUGAUGCCGGUCCUUGGAGUCGAUUUGGUUAUCCCACCUGCCCUGAGCUGCCCAAAGAUGCAUCUCCAAUGCAGGCCCCGGCAGCUCCGGCUACACCGACGACUCCUAUAUCUCCCGUCACUCCCAUCAUGGUCAACUCGACAUACUCUCGAAGACUCGGAGACCAAAGAGCUCCUGUAUGCACCCAACUUCCAUUAACAGUGCCAACACCCCAAUAUGAUUACCGCCAGGCAUCAGUGGCCCAGCAAUCCCCCGUCGUGCUCAGUCCCCAGGAAGACCUCACGCCCAGAUUCACGACUCUAUUAUCAUAUUUGACCCUGCCAAUCCAACCAAUUAACCUGGUCCGCAAUGUCAGCGUGGUUCCCACCCGCGGCAUGCACGAUUAUUUUUGGUGGGAUAUCCGCAACCUGCGCAGCUGGACCUCUUUCUCACUCGCUGCAUUUGGUUCCCUGGACAGCCAACUGAUCAAGCUUCUAACGGUCCCGGUUCAAGCAGAGUGCACGCCCCAUGUGGCAGUCUCUCCCGCAGCCCUAGCACCUGAGUCAGAACCAGCCCUCGUCAGCCUAAUUCGUGAUCUCUAUGCACCACGAGUAAACGCCGCCCUGGCCGUCUCCCAGGGCACAAACCCUCUCCAACUCUACGCAGCCCCAGAUGUCCGCAGCACAGGCCACAAAAACCACGGCCAUCCCCAUUUCCUAGCAAACUACAGCUCAGACACCGAAUCCACAAGCUCCGGCCUCCCUCGCGGCCGACUAGUCGGCAUCGUGAAAAGCUUCGACCGGUGGAACACCGGCAUGCGAAACGAGGCACCCCACCGACGCGUCGAGUACCUCAACGGCCUUGCCCAUCUUCAGCGCUGCAUGCGCGAACACUCCUGCCGCUACGGCUUCAUAAUAACGGAAAUCGAACUCGUAUGCGUACGCGCCGGCUGCGAUCCCGGCGACGACGUCCCGUACUUCGGAUUCCUCGAGAUCGCCGCCUCAAUCCCACUCAAGACGUCAGCGAGCAGUGGUAUCAACUCGCAAGCACCAGCUCCAGCGCCGCUAGCAACACCCAUCAGCGCGCGGUCUUUCUCCUCCUCGUCGAACUCGUCGUUCCCCUCACACCACGACUCCCCGGAGCCGGAGGAUAUAGAGGAGGCCACUGCCAUGCCCAUGACAGCCGGCCUGGCGUUGUAUUUCCUUUUGUUGCUUUCGAAGGCUGUGCCGCUUCCAGAUCAGCCCUCGGCUCAUCUCAACGUCGGCGGGCCCGGGGCGCUUACACGCCAGCGUAUCCUGUCGGAGCCCAAGGAUAAAUGGAUUCCCGAGCCGCAGAUUGGAGAGAGGCGAGAUGCGAAGAGGGUUCGGGGAUGGGUUUGGCCUCAGGAUGCUUGGCAUCGGAGGGAGGGGGGGUGGUGCGCCCAGGGCGAAGUCUGGGGAGACGAAGAAAAAGAAAUGGCAUAA